GCAAAUACCACGUGUCUCCUCGCCGGCUGUGAGUCAACGGGCUCUGAUUCACAUUUUCACAGAGUGGAGUGCAGUUGUAAGAUGGCGGCACGCUGGGGAACAGGCGAGGAGAUAUUAAACCCCUGUAACAUGGAGUAUUUUUCAACAGCAAAUCUAGACGAGGCAGAAAUACUCCAAGAUGGGCUAUGUGGCCUGCAGCACCAUGGCUUAGACACUGGAGACACCCUUGAAGCCUUACAGAGCUGCUUGGAUCCAUCCAUUUUGUCAAUCUUUGAACAAGGCCCAAAUGGAGAGGUCAAAAUUGAUCUUGAUGACGAAAGCGAGGCAACACUGCUUACAGCACUUACUGACAUACUUGACAAUGUAGAUGAUUCAAACCUUUCUCCUUUUGACACUCUACCUGAUGCAUCACUAAAGAUAAGUCUUUCGCGUUCUCCUCCGGAAAAAGAGUCUCUGCUGAGUUCAAGACAGUUUUCAGGAAAGACACUUCCUUUUACCACUAAUGGAUUUUUGCAAAGAUGUGAUUCUGAGGAAGAUGAUAGUUUUUCCAUGCUUAAACAUGAUUUAAGUGUAUCUUCAAUAGAGGAAUCUGACUUCUGCCUUCCCAUGAUCUUGGAGCAGGAUGGACAGAGCAUGUCCAUUACAUUGGGUGAGCUGGUCAAGCACAUCCACCCAUGCUCCAUGACUGUAUGUGUGGAUGGAGAGCAGCAACUACUGCCUGAAGGAGGAAUUGUGCUGGAGGUGGUGGAUAAUGGAGAACAUGGAGAGCCUAUUUUGGCCAUCCCGGACAUUAGUGCCCCCCUUUCUCUCUCUAGCUUGGACCCUAUAGAGGAAGAACAAAGAGUCCCAGAGAAAAGCCCACAAAAGGUGUGUAAGCCAGAGCUCACCCCAGAAGAGGAUGCCAUCUCUUCUGGAAUUGUCAAAGAUGACAGCAUUGGGAAUGUAAUAAAUGAACAUCCAAAGAAAGAGUCUUCUAAAAAAUGUCAAUCAAAAAAGAAAAAAAAAGAAAAAAUGGAAGAAACCCAACCUGUUGAACGAAGAGUAUUAAGGAGUACAUCUCAUAAAAAGCCAGUCGAAGAGCCCAAAAAGGAACCUGAAAAGGAGCUAAAGAAGAAGAAGAAAAAGGUCACAUUUGCUCCUGCCCCUACUGUAAAUGUGUCUGAAGUUGAAAAAUCCUCUGAGGUGAAAACUGAGGCAAAGCCUACAAAGGAGAACCCUUCUGCUGUUUUAAUUUCUGACACACCCACAACUCAAGUCCUACCAGUAGUAGCUUUUGCUGAAGUCAUGGAGCCUGUCCCUGAAGAAAAACAACCACCAACUGCAGUACCUCUUGAAAAAAGUGGAGAAAUUGAUGUGCCUUAUAAAGAGGAGCCUGCAGUCAGUCAGCUAAAAGAGCCCAAACCGAAGUCACUCAGUUUACAACAAUACCGUCUUCUUCGUCAGAACAAGAAACCACCACCUCCAGAGAAGACUGGUGACAACAGCACUAAAUGGCCCUUGUUGCCAGAAGCACCCAGAGAGCUUCCUCCAAUCCCCUGUCUACCUGACCCCAACCUUAGAGACCCACGUCGUACAGCCACCACUCCUGUGAAGAAGGAGCUUACCCCUGAAAUCAUGCCAGCAUGGCAGCCAAGAGGCCCUGCAGCACCCCCAACUCCUGAGGCCUUGCUAGUUCCGCCAGCAUCAAUGCUGGCUUCCUCUAGAAAAACAGAGCCUCCUAAACCAGUCUGUCCUUCCCCAACUAAACCUGCAGAAAAUUUACCCGCAGCCACCACCCAUCACCCAAGUCCCUCAGUGCAACCCAACCCACAGAAUCUACCCAUCUCCAGUUUGCCAGAGAACACUAUUCCCAGUAAGGUUUCUCCAGCUGCUAAGCAGACUCCACUUGAAACUCCAUCACUACUAGUUGCCACCACAAAUGGUGCUGCUGGACAAGCUAAGUGUUUACAAGAUAAUGCUUUGACAUCUGAUCAAGCGCUAAAGUUGACUUCAUCAGUUCUUCCUGUUAAGGUCGAGGGAGUCUCUAAACCUCAGACUAUGACUGAAAUCACCACUAUAACCACUACAAAUGUUCAAACCCCUAAUGUUGUUCCUAUUAAACCUAAUGCUGCUGUGCCUCUAAAGAGUGUAGCUGACCAGAGAGUGGGAGCUCCAGUACCUGAAUCAGGAAAGCUUACCCUGUCUGUCAGCGUUUCCAAGCCUACUGUAGGAUCCCAGCGUCCUCUUGCACCCAUAGCUGCUCAGCCGUUCACGUCUGCUCCAAUUCAGGCCAGAAUUGUAAAGCUGGCCGAGCAGAUGAGGUUGGCUUCUACUCCGGUUCCUAAAGCGAAAAGCACCACCGCAGAGCUGAUUGAGUCCUUCACAAGUGAAAUUGGUAUUGAAGCUUCUGACCUCAUCAGUCUGUUGGAGCAGUUUGAAGAAACUCAACCUAAAGAGAAGCAGAGUGUACCGGAGGUCUGUGGUAGAGCAGCUGCUGUAGGAAACUCCAGUGUGGAGCAGCAUGCGGAAACCAAGGCCCUUAAGAAAGCUUCCAGUCCCGACUUGGGUAGCACCGCAGGCCUUACUCCACCAGCUACGCCUCCUCAUCAGAUGUGGAAGCCCUUGGCACCUGUUGCAUUAUUAGGAAACCCGAAAAAGUCUGAAAUGCUCAAACCAACUCUAACCAAGGCCAUUCAAAUAGAGCCCCGGCCUCUUCCAGCAGGCAAGAUACCCAGCAGGCCUCAGACAACGGUUAUUUCAGGACCCGCCCAGCCAUUUUCUCUAGAUCAUGAUUACUGCUUUGUCCCCAAGGUAGCGUCCCAGAAUGAGCUUGGUAAUCGUUGGAACAUCAAACAACAGUCGGGCAUUGUCAUUAAAUCUGUCGAGCUGCCGUUAUCCAAGCAGGGAUUCAAAGAGCAUGAAUCCAAAUGUAUUACAACCCCUGCUGCUGUUGAAAGCCUUACGAGAAAUCUCAAACCUGCUCAGCCUCCACAGUGUAAGAGUCAGUCCAAAACAGAGCUCUUGGCCAGCACCAUCACGGUUACUCCAGAUGCUUCUCCGAACGCUUCUCCAGACAGGAUGGAUUCUGAGUGCUCUUUGCAGGAUGAGGAAGGCAGCAGACACCAUAGGUUGAAAGAAUACACCAAACGUUCUCCCAGUCCAUACCACAACAAGAGAGGGCGUUCCAGAAGAACGUAUCGAAAACGGCUACAUAGCAGUUCUGGAUCUAGGUCUAGCAGCUCUGAAUCCUCCAGGUCAUGCUCACACUCACCUGCCAAGAAAAGGUGUAGGCCUGGACGUUCUGGUGGCAGUUCAAGGUCACCUUCAAGAUAUCGUGCACGCUCCCGCUCUUUCUCGCGAUCACCUUCUCCAUGCCGGCGCAGAUAUUCCUAUUCCAGUUCCUGCUCUGGGUCCUGGAGCCAAAGCCGAUCCAGAUCUAGAUCUCGCUCUCGGUCUUAUUCCCGUUCCCGCUCUCGCUCUCCUGCUAACAGACAUAGUCACUGGAACACUCGUUUGAGCCCUAGAGAGGUGGACCAUCACUAUGAUUCGAGAGAAAAUAAUGAGCAAAUGAAUUGGCGCAAAGAGAAAGCCAUUGAGGAAAGGAGAGUAGUUUAUGUUGGACGCAUUCAUGGGGGUAUGACCCGUAAAGAGCUAAGGGAGCGCUUCUCAUACUUUGGAGAGAUAGAGGACUGCACUGUGCACUUUAGAGAGAAAGGAGACAACUAUGGUUUUGUCACAUACUACAACACCAAGGAUGCAUUUAAUGCGAUUGAGAAUGGAAGCAAGAUACGACAGUCAAAUGAGCUUCCAUUUGAUCUGUGCUUCGGAGGCAGGAGACAGUUUUGCAAAACUGGCUAUGCUGAUCUGGAUUCAAAUCAGGAUUUUGAACCAGCACCGGCAAAGCGCAAGUUUGAUGCACUAGACUUUGACACUUUACUUAAGCAGGCUCAGAGGAAUUUAAAAAGGUAACACUGAGGAAUGUGGACAUCGGAGGAGAGAUCUUUAUUACCUCAGUGCAGUGGGAUGACGCACACACCUUCCAAUGCUGCCAUUCAGUUAAUGUCAUUUUUUUGGUUGUUUUUUCUUUUCCCAUUUAUGGUUUUGUUUCUGCAAGCUAACACCUUCCAUUGAAGUGAAGAUUUGUAUGAAAAAUUAAAAUAAGAAAAAAAUAGUUUACAUUUAAAAUUAUGUAAUGAAAAAUAUGAAUUUUAUAAAGGAUGAAUUUAUUUAAAUGCCUGAUUUAAAAGAAAAUGUUGGGUACAUUUUAAGAUGGCAAAUUAUGUUGAACUAAGCUCUGUGCUGGGGGGGUGGACUUACAUUGCUGAAAUGUAUUUCAACCCAAAUAAACCUUUAAAUGAA